UGAGUGUGUAUGGGGGAAAUCCGGAUGGAACGACCAGAGAGGUUACAGAGGCCAAUGGGAUAAGAAAAUUAGGAGUAGGUGAUAGUGUUCCGUCCGUAGCACUGUCAGAUAAGGAGCCGGCGUACAUCGCUCAACGUGUGUAGCAGUGACGAAAACAACCGGUUAGGCAGGUAAAGAAACGGGGUAGUUGCGGACUAUCAAAGAAGAGUUAUAAAGUAUUACGACGCAGAACUUGGCUUCGGAGAGCUUCUUUAUCUGCAAGGUUAAGAUAAAAAGUCAUGCGGGGCUAUACGCAUCGUGCACCGUGGUUCGAGAGCUGGCUCCCGACAACUCGUGCUGCAUUUCAGGUAUAACCGCGGCGCCAUAUUGCAGAGCGUCUUGCGUCGAAUCCAGUAUUCGUCUCGUUGGUGGACCACGUGGGGAAGCAAAAAAAAAAAAAAAAAAAACCGGACUGCAACAGGCAUGACAGCAACCAGACACUUCAGUACUUGGGACUACGUCGUGUUCGGCGGUCUACUCUGCGCCUCUUCUGCCAUAGGAAUCUACUACGCUAUAAAGGCUACGAGAAAUAAAUCAUCCGCCGACCAUUAUGUUCGGGGUCACUCCAUGAGCGCCACCAGUGUGUCCCUGUCUCUUCUUGCCAUAGCAGCGUCUCCACUGACGCUUCUGGGGACCCCGACGGAGAUGUACGUGUUCGGCGCUCAGUUUUGGGUGGUGGUCUUCUCCUACUUGAUAACGAUACCGGUGACGGCGUUCGUCUUUGUUCCCAUCUAUCAUAACAAUAAAGUCACCAGCUGUUACGAGUAUCUGGAACUACGCUUUAAUCAUAUAUUACGGACGGUGUGUUCUGUCGGGACUGGGAUCCAGACGGUCGUUACUACGAGUAUCAUCCUGUACGGACCAGCGCUAGCACUUCAAGCAGUUACUGGUAUGGAUGUCUGGAUUUCGGUGCUGUCAGUUGGUGCAGCCUGUACCUUCUACACCAGUCUUGGCGGCAUUAGCGCUGUUGUGAUGGCGGACGUGUUCAUGAGCUCCGUCAAGUACGGCUCCAUCAUACUGAUCGCCGUUAAAGGAACUAUGGACGUUGGAGGCAUUGAGGAAGUCUUCCGAAAAGCCAUGCAGUCUGGAAGGCUUCACAUUGACGAUUUCCGUGCAGAUCCCACAGUCCGUCACUCAGUGUGGUCCUUGGUGUUUGGAUCUUCGGUACUGUGGCUCACACUGUACGCAGUGAACCAGGGAUGGGUACAGAAGUACAUCAGCAUGCGAGAUGCCCAAACUACCAGAAGGGCCUUGUGGGUGAACUUAGUGGGCAUCAUCGCUCUUCAAACAAUUCUCAGCUUCGUGGGCCUCGUCAUCUACGCCAAGUACAGUGACUGUGACCCGCUUGCCACCAAAAUGAUUUCCUCGGCGGAUCAGCUUGCUCCUCUGCACGUGAUGGACACAUUGGGCAUGAUUCCUGGAUUGUCCGGGCUCUUUGUCGCUGGUCUCUUCAGCGGAGGAUUAACGACUGGAGCAGCUGCCAUUAGCUCUAUGGCGACGACGACUGUGGAAGACAUUGUGAAGUCUUAUAUCAAACCUGAUAUCAGUGACCGGGCAGCUCUUGUGCUGAUGAAAAUACUGACGAUAUUGCUCGGCGUAACCAUUGUGGUUAUGGUGUACGUUUCUCAGCAACUGGGUGGCAUCAUGCAGGCUGGUUACACCGUCCUUGGCAUCGUAGGAGGACCUGUGUUCGGGGUCUUCUGUUUAGGAAUAUUUGUGCCAUUCGCAAACAGUACGGGAGCUAUAGUUGGCCUCUUCAGCGGUGUCGCAACCGUGUGUUGGAUCUCUAUUGCGGCCUUCAUAAAGAAACCAAUGUAUCCAAUGCCACCCGUGUCAGUGGACGGCUGUUUGGACUUGUACUUCAACGUCACUGGUAAUCUUGCCCUGCCUUCCACAGACAUCUUACGGCAUAACUCAAACAUCGAAUACAUCUACAGGAUAUCGUACUUUUGGUACGGCCCCAUUGGAACAAUCUUGGUUCUUGUUGUAGGUACUUUGGUCAGCCUUGCAACAGGGCCCACGAAGUUGACAGCUGUGGACGAGAAGCUGCUCAGUCCACUCUGCUUUCGGCUGGCUCAAAAAUGGCGAAGAAAUAGCGAGGAUAAAACCCACAAGGGCAGUGACCAUAAGCAGGCGGUGACAGCAGACCCAGUUGCCCAUGGGUGUGUUGCAUCCGUAAACGGUGGUACGAUGCCAUCGUCACUGCGAUCGUAUCCGGAGGUCCUAGGAGUUAGACUUUGACGCAAUGAGUGUGAAUAGGACAUUCCUAUUGCGUGCCUUUAACUUAUUGGUAACAUGACGGUAACAAGACCGAAGCUAGCACCUGUUUCUCGUACAAUGUUAUUACACAUCGAGCCCUAUAUACGUGUGUGCAAUAUGUGCAGUAUAGGACGUGUCGUUGGUAUUUAGCGUCUAUUAAAACAGGGACCUGGGCUCGUUGGUAAAUCUGCAUAACGGGUAUCACUCUGA